AUGGCCUUUAACGGAGGUGGCUGGGGUGGUAAUACAGAAUCUGGAGGUGGAGCCACCGAUUUAAGAUUAAAUGUCGGAAGUUAUAGAUCAAGGUUUCUGAUUGCGGGGGGAGGCGGAGGCAGAAACGAUGACGAUGAAGGACCGUCAUGCGGUUGUGGAGGCGGAUUGAGUGGUGGAUUUAUAUCAAAUUAUGGAAUUGGUGGAAAUCAAACUCAUCCUGGAAUGGACCAGGAUGACUCGACAAAAAAUGGAAAUUUUGGAUAUGGUUUUUCAAACGAUCCUCAAAAUAAUUUAAAUAUUCCUGGAGGUGGAGGAGGUCUUUUUGGUGGAGCUACUACUGCAGGAGGUUCUGGUUUUGUUUAUUCUUCUUCUAAAACUGAUUCUAUAGAUGAUCUCCCUUCAUCAAUAACCGUCGAAAACGGAAUGCUUGGAUUUUCAAAUAACGCUGACCAUGGUUAUGCAAUUAUCACUUCUUUAUCAUCUUCAUCCUCAUCUUCAUCCAGUUCGCCAUCAUCAGGCGAAUGCAAUUGUAUUGUAAAAUGCCAAUGCUCACGUUCAUCAAUUUUUCGAACAUUCCACUUCACUCUUUAUUCUCUUGGGUUUUCAGUAAAAUAA